AUGUGCAUAUUCUAUGUACACUCAGCAGUACCCAUUCCUCAAGGCCCCUGGGUCGGGCGGGGCGUAGGGUCGAACCAAGGUUCUUCAGAAUAGCGAGCGACGCUAUAGCCACUGCGCUACCAAUGCAUUAGGUUAAAUCAAAUGUAGCGGGACCUCUUUUUGCAGGGUUUCCUAUUGUACGUUGACCAAAAAUAGUGUUAUUUUUAAAAUUUCUAGUCUUACAUUAUCUCUUUCAACUUAAUGUCUUAAAACUUUUUUAAGACUAAAAAUGACCAUUACCGAUGUUUACAUGAUAUGUUUUUCUCGCCCUCCCUUGUGGAUUUGAUUGUAAUCAUUCCGACAAAGCGCUGCGAACGCUUUUGGAGAUAAAAAGUAGGAAAAACACGUCAAUUAAUAGGGUUACUCGUUCCUUUCUCUUACGUACAACGACUUCACAAUAGCUCAAAAACUCGUUUGUACUUUGAUAUAGCGAUUUUGUAUAGAAGAUAUAGAAAAUAUUAUCAAAUAAUAUUGUAAAUCUUAAAUCAAAAGUAAAAUGAUACCCUUACUUUAAAACUUAACAUGUUAACAAUAUAUGUGUGUAGUAGGAUAGAGUAGAGUAAAGCAAUUUAAAGUAAAAUAAAUUAUUGUAAAGAAAGGUGAAGAAAAACAUGCUCAUGCUCAUGCUCAUGCUCAUUUUCAUGCUCGUGCUCAUGCUCAUGCUCAUGCUCAUGCUCAUGCUCAUGCUCAUGCUCAUGCUCAUGCUCAUGCUCAUGCUCAUGCCCAUGCUCAUGCUCAUGCCCAUGCUCAUGCUCAUGCUCAUGCUCAUGCUCAUGCUCAUGCUCAUGCUCAUGCCCAUGCUCAUGCUCAUGCCCAUGCUCAUGCUCAUGCUCAUGCUCAUGCUCAUGCUCAUGCUCAUGCUCAUGCUCAUGCCCAUGCUCAUGCUCAUGCCCAUGCUCAUGCUCAUGCUCAUGCUCAUGCUCAUGCUCAUGCUCAUGCUCAUGCUCAUGCUCAUGCUCAUGCUCAUGCUCAUGCUCGUGCUCGUGCUCAUGCUCAUGCUCAUUUCAACCCCCGCCUUCAGACCAAAACUGCUCUUUCUCGGCCCUGGCUGUGUAAACAAUGGGAACAUAGGAUAAGGUAA